GGAAUUUUGAGGCUGGGAGGUAGUGGUGGGUGUGACUCUUUAUACGGAAUGCUUAUGAUCACAUGAAACAGUGCGUGUGUAUGUGUGUGUGUGUGUAUACACUGCAGUGUGUGAUCUCUGUAUUCGAAAUAUAAUGUCUUCAGCUGAGAUUCUAUUUUCUUUUCUGCUAUCGGAUUGUCAGAUGCGGAGACGGUUAAAAUAAUUAGAAAAUCGGAUCGCUUGAAAAAUAAGUUUCUCUAUCUCUUGGCUUGAAAUCUAACAACCGAUUCACAGUACCACUAAGAGGAUCUGGCUAAGGUAGGGCUCGACUGUGCUAGUCCUGACUAUUAACUCCUUCAGUACAGGGCUUCUGUACGGUUCUUGUUAAGUUAGUAUGGCUGUGCUCGUAUUUACAUUUACAAAGUUAUUCACUAAAGAAUGAAAGCAAAGUGAAUGUCACAUUUUAACAUAUAAUAACUGAAUAUAAAACAUAGCUUACUUGGAGAAUUUUCCAAUUUAGCCACCUAAGCAUACAGUUUGACAUUCACUUUAAACUGAGAAUUGACACUUUAGUGCAGGCAUAGGCAACUGCAGAUGUUUUGGACUACACCUCCCAUGAUGCUUUGCCAGCAUUAUGGGUGUAAGAGCAUUAUGGGGGAUGUAGUCCACAACAUCUGGAGUGCCAAAGGCUGCCUAUCCCUGCUGUAGUGGAUACCCCGUAGAGGUUUAUACACACAACACUUAAUCGUAGUGACAUUUAAAGCUUAGUUGCAAAAUUAGUUCUUGAUUUGGCUGUGUCUAUAUCAUAUCCAUUUGGCCUAUAGCAGUAUAUAAGAUUUUUUUCUCUAUUAAAUAAACUUGGAUUGUGGUAAAAUGACAAGUGAAUGCCAUGUUUUAGACUAAAAUAGCCAACCUUAAGGAUUAGUAUAUUGUCAUUGCUUUGACAAAAAAUAGAGGGGUAGAAGUCCUUACCAUGGCUUCCUGAUUUACAAAGAAUAAUCCAUGGGUGGUUGCUUUUAUUAUUUUAUUGAUAUGUAUUUGUGAGCAUUGUUAAGUGAAGACGCUAUGUGCCCAUAUAUAUUUUGAGACAUGGAUUGUAGAAAACACGUUUUAACUUUUUGGGAUAUUUGGAUCCUGACUACGCUGUAUUUUGUCGAUUAUAUCGGCACUAUUUUGGGCUGGACAGUCCUAUUUUUGCUGUAAGCUUGUAAAGUGGUUUCCAUAUUUCUUUUUUUAAUUUGAAGCCUAGAUGUUGAAGAACUACAACCCCAUAAUGCUUUGUUAGUUUUUAGCUUCUAAAGACCAACAAAGCAUUAUGGGGAUUGUAGUUGCUCAACAUCUGGGGUACUACUUUUUGGGCACUCUUGGUCUAGAUCCUGCAAAUGGUAAUGUGAUUUUCAGAAAGAAUGUAGUUUAAAGUGGGUGAGUUAAAGGAAAACUGUUACUUCUUUGAAAGUGAAAGUAACUCAUUCCUUCAUCCCAGCACACAUUAUUAAAACGUAUAUUGGUGUGGUAGGGUUGUAGGUAAACACAGAACACAUUUACCCCUGCAUUGUUUUUGGCGAUGUCUAGGAAUUGAGUAUAAUUUUAAAGGGGAACUAUAAUUUUCCAGGAUUUUUAAUACUCUCUUUACUUAUACUAUAUUUAGCAAAUAUGUGUUUGUGAGCUCUAAAAAAUACAAUGAAACUUAGAAUUCUGCAACACUGGAUUUAGAUCUCUCAUGGAACUGCGUGCUUCCAUUUUGGAACCAUGUCAAAAAUUGUUAUAGGCCUGGGAUAGGCAACCUUCGGCACUUCAGAUGUUUUGGACUAUACCUCCCAUGAUGCUUUGACAUCAUUAAGGCAUUGUGGGAGAUGUAGUCCACAACAUCUGGAGUGUCAAAGGUUGCCUUCCCCAUUACAGGCUCUGCCCCUUUCAUCUGGUAGUCAUAGUAGAGAAAGAAGGAGAAACAGUAACAAUGGUGUGGAAGAACGCCAUUGGGGAUGUUGGUCUAAUAACAUAGACCGUUACUGAGACCGGUGGACAAGCCAGCAGCUACAGCUUCCUCAGCUGGGCUGGCCGAUGAAAGGGCUUGUCAUCCCACACAGGUAUUGAUCCCUCUGUCUGCACCUCCAUCUCCCAGGCCGUUAUCAGUCGCUCUACCCGUACCUCCAUCUCCCAGGAAGGUAUCAAUCCCUCUACCCGUACAUCCAUCUCCCAGGAAGGUAUCAAUCCCUCUGCCCGUGCCUCCAUCUCCCAGGAAGGUAUCAAUCCCUCUACCCGUGCCUCCAUCUCCCAGGAAGAUAUCAAUCCCUCUGUCCCCCAGGCAGGUAUUGACCCCUCUGACCCAGCCUACUUCUCCCAGACAGACAGGGCCGGUUCAAGGAUUCUUGCUGCCCUAGGCAACCAUUAAUUUUACCGCCGCCUCAUGAAUGCAAAUACGUUCCCUCAGAGGUUUAUUCACUAAACUCUGAACUGCAGUGAAAAUACAUUUAGGUAAAGAGAGGCACUGGGUAGACAUUAAGUGAAAGCAGACGCACAGUGAGAAAUUUAGAAAACGGAAACAGCCUGGGGAGACAUUUAAGGAAAGGAUAGAGUGACUGUUGAGAUAUUUAGGAAACAGAAACUGGGAGAUAGUUUAGGAGAGAGACACAGUUAGCUCACUUUUAGGGAAAGAGACGCAUUGCCCAAUAUAAACACACUUAUCCAGUAUAUCAGGGGUCGGGAACAUUUGGCCCUCCACAUGUUGUGAACUACAUCUCCCUGGAAUCUGCUUUGCCAGCAUUAUGGCUUUAAUAGUAUUAUGGGAAAUGUAGUGCAGAACAUCUUGAGGGCCGAAGGUUCCCCACCCCGGCAGUAUAUGCAUCCAAAUGCACAAACUGCCUAAAACAUCCAUGCAUACAUAUACACUGCCUAUUAAAUACAAUCAACCAUACACAUACAUAUACAUAGCCCAAUACAUAAAUCCACACACAAAUACAUACAGCCAUACACUCAUACUGCCUAAUGCAUAUAUCAGUACGUACUUACUGCCUAAUAUAUAUAUAUCCAAACAAUCAUACUGCCUAAAACAUACAUCAAUGUAUCUGGUGGGAUUUAAUUUACAAUCAUGGUGAGACAGUGAACUUUAAUUAUAAAAAAAAAUUUGUCAUAAUAUUUAAUAAAAAUUUAAUAUAUUAUAAAUAUAAUUUAAUAUAUAAUAAUCUCUCUACAUGGCCACACACUAACACACACACUCUCACUGGUGUCACACACUCACUAACACACACACUCACUAACACACUCUCACUGGCAUACACUGUGUCACUUACACACUCUCACUGGCAAACAGUGUCAGUGUCACUUACACUCACUGAUAUACACAGUGUCACUUGCACACUCUCAUUAGCACACACUUUCUUCCUGACAUACACAGUGUCACUUACACACUCUCACUGACAUACAGUGCCACUUACACACUUUUACUAACACAGACAUGGUGUCACUUGCACACUCGCUAUUAUACAGUGUCACUUACACACUCUCACUGACACACACUGAUAUGUGACAUACACAGUGUCACUUACACACUCUCACUAACAUACACACACAGUGUCACUAACACAUUCUCACUAAUGCACACUCUCUCACUGACAUACAGUGUCACUUGCACACUCACUAACACACACACUCUCUCACUGACAUAUACAGUGUCACAUGCACACUGUCACUAACACACACACAAUGUUACUUUGAGUGCUUUGCUCGGGUGCUGGAUUACAGCAGAUAUCGUCAGAGAGGAACUUCGCAGAUAAAUGUCUGUGCUAGGGGGUGGCUAAGUAGCUGCUCGCCCAGCAGGGCAGCCCACCAGGAAACCUCUCCUUGGGUGCCCCAAUGGGUCGGCGCCUCAGGUGAAUGCCUUAUUCACCUUAUGGUAGCGCCGUUCCUGCAGACCGGUAUCGACCUCUCUGCCUCUCCUGCUUCUCCCAGGCAGGUAUCGUCCCCAAGGAGGUGUGACUAGAGCCCUGCAACUGGAUUAUUCAGUCUUCGUAAACACUUCCUGUAAAUAGAGAUCUAAUGUUUAAACUUCCAUUAUUGCACAUUCUGUUUAAUUUAGAAUUUAUCUUCUGCUCUGUAACUAGCCCGUUAGCACCUGCAGGAGUCUCCUGUGUGUGAUUUAAAGUUCAAUUUACAGAGCAGGAGAUUACAUCUUCUAAAGCGUGUUAACACCUGUUUGAAAAUGAAACCAUUUUUUUCAUGCAGGCUGUGUGAGUCAAUCCCAGAAGAGUUGUGGCUAGGGAUGCCUAUGGUAACUCUGUAAGUCAAAAUAACAGAGUUGCAAAAAACAAAAAAAAUCUUCUAUUUUACUUCAAUAUAUCUCACUGUUUAUUCAAUAAACACCAGCAGGCGGUGAAUAUAAUAUCUUCUGGUCUUUUGUUCCUGUAACAAUAACUGCCCAUCCCAACAUGUUAGUGUUAUUUUGACAGCAUUAUUCAGUCUUUAAUUUGAGGAAGCACGCUCCUUCUUGUUGUUUACACUAUUUUUAUUGCUUUCUGGCAUGUGAGCAUAACUCAUCAUAGCUCAUUUGAUGCUCCUUCAUUGUAUUCAAUAUUGACUCAUAAGGUAUAUCCUUUGGGAAGGACACUUACCCCUUCCACUGGCAAGUCUCAAUGUAAAACGCAUUAUAUAAGGAAUGACACACAUCAAAAAAGUUUACAAGUGUCUACAUACCAGAGAUACUUUCAGCAGAUAUGUAUCUCAUUUCAUUACCUUUCCAGUAAGCCUGUGACUCCAGGCCAUUACCUUUUUUGUGAUAAACUGUACUUAUGUCAUUAGCGUUGCUGCAAAAAAUUUAAACACAGUGGGGAAGAUUUAUCAAAGUUUUGCCAACGCUUUCUCAUCUAGAUUUUUGUGAAUUUUCAAAUGCAAUUUAUAAAAUGAAUUAGACUUUUUAUUGUUAUUUUUUUUUACUUAUUUUUUUGUGCUUUAACCGUCAGUUUUGAAUAUCCACAAUUUUUCUCUAAUGCAAUGGAUUUGUUUACGUUCCUUCCACGUUUUCUGCCACAGUAGUGGCAGAAUUUUUCAUCCACUAUAAGUCAUUUGGUCUUCUAAAAUGGAAAUUUCUAAGAAAAUAUGGUGGCAUUUAUUGUGAAGAAAAACACGACUUUUAGAUCACUUUAAGAAAUACGAUCAAUAUAAUGACUGCCACGUUUCAGAACAUGUUGGUAAAUAUCCCCCAGUAUAUAUCAUAGUGCUUUCUAUCACAAUAUACCCAUAGUGCAAUGUUCAGCUGCUCCCAUCUAAAUACAAUACUGACCGGUUUGUAAAUAUGAAAAGAAAAAAAAGAAAAACACAAAAUAAUAUAAAUACAAUACUGACCGGUUUGUAAAUAUGAAAAUAAAAAAAUAAAAAAAAUACAAAACUGAUUUUUGAAAUCAAUGGACAGUCUGCUCAGCAGAGGGUUUAGUUCAUGCACCAACCAUACAAUCAAACAAACAGAUUGCCGCGACUACAAGUACGUUCUCAUGGAAUAUCUUUGCCAGUUAUUAAAAUGAUAAAAUUUUGUUAAUGCGCGCCUUUUCAGAGAAGGUACUCCCUUUUUUUGCCAACGGUUUAGACAUUAAUGGCUGCGUGUUGGGUUAUUUUGAGGGGACAGCAAAUUUACACUGUUAUACAGGAUGUACACUUACUACUUUACAUUGUAGCAGUGCCAUUUCUUCAGUGUUGUCACGUGAAAAGAUAUAAUAAAAUAUUUACAAACAUGUGAGAGGUGUACCUAAAAUAUCUGCCAUAGCAGUGUAGAUCGAAUGAGCCGUAUUAGUCCAAUAGACAAGAUGCCAAAAUAUCAGAGUAUUGCAAUAUCCAAUGAUACCUUUAUAAUUGUACUAACAUAAUUCAAAGACAAGCUUUCAAGAGAUUUCCUCUCUUCCUCGGGUCUGAAGCAAUACUGAUCAAUCAUUUCAAUCAGUUUUGCAUCAGAACUGAGGAAGAGAGAAAAAGCUUGUCUCAUUGGAUACUGCAAUACUCUGAUAUUGUGUCAUCUAAAAUAUCUGUAAAUACCAUGUCUAGGAAUUUGAUGUUUACGCUUGAGACAUUGCAGGGAAGCACAUGUUUUACUAGUGUAAUCAGCAGUCAGGCAGUGCAGCAGUUAAAAGGCUGCUGAUGAGGUCAGAUUGCUGCAAGACUUUCCUGUUUGGCAAGUUGAUUAUUGACAGCUAGCUGAACCCAGGCUUCCUGGCUCUUGGGGUUUAACUGUGUAAACUCCAGAUUCCACAGAAUAUAUGUGGGGAAAGUAACACGAUCUCAUGCUUUAAGCCCUUAAGGACACAACUUCUGGAAUAAAAGGGAAUCAUGACGUAAUAUUUCCAUCAUGUGUCCUUAAGGGGUUAAAAGAUCAGCGUUACAAGAACAACCCGGCAAUCGACAAACAGUAUGUACAAAAUAACAAAACACUACCAAGUGUGUAGAGUUAGUAGAUUUAGAUUUGCAUUUUUAUAUUCACAGCUUAAAAUAGUUUAAGUAUAUAUGUGUCAUUUGUAUAUUGUAGAGAGAAGACAGAGACAAGGGUUACAUAACUGUUUAUGAAUUUCUCCAGAACCCAGUGACAAUAUCAUAUAUAUAUUUUUUAUAUAUAUAUACUUUGUUUUUUUAUUUUAAUUUUUGUUUUUUUUUAAAUCUUAGGCAAGCACCGGGCCAAGUAUGUCUGGGGUGCAAGUCAUACCUCCGGGGGCUAACCUACUCCAUCAUCAUUCUCAGCCAAUCGCCGCUAUCCUGGUUGAAUUGAAUUGGCAUUAACAUUGCAGAAGAGCUAAUUCUCUAUUACCAUUCAGUCUGGAGGAAAGGGGGGGUCUCUGGGUGCCAGGGACAGCACCAUUUUUUAAAUUAUUUUUUUUUGCUCAAACCACUCCUAAACAGUCAGAAACUAUUCACAACAUAACCACUACACUGAACAAUGAUUAUGUCACGUUUAUGUCUUCUUACUUUUAUUACAUUUUACUAAUAAAGAUUUCCUUUCUCAGAUUCUCGAACGAACUCCUGAUGUUUCUGUGAGACUCUGUGCGAUCAACAGUUUCCGGCCUCCCAUAAUCAUUGUUCUUCUGACACCUCGCACUUAGCAGGAAUGUUCAACAACAAUCCAGUCGUCAGAUUUGGGAGGAAAUGUCAGCUAGUGCAAACAAGCUCUGAUAUUGCAUUGCGGCUCAGCUAUGGACCUAAUGGAUCGUACGCCUUUUUUAAACACUUAACUUCUGCAGGACUGGAUGAGAGGUGAGCUGGACAUGGAAAAUGAACAGGGAAAAUGUUUUUACCACAUUGGGCAUGAAAAAACCUGAUCAAAUAAUUUUCUUUUUCUGAUCCUGUUGUGAGAGGCUCUUAAUUUUACUAGUUUCUCUCUCAUUGGUGACAGACUGGCAAACACUGGGUGACUAGGGCAUCUUGUCAGUUCGCUGAUGGACACCUCCUUUUUGACACAUAACUGGAAAGGAUACAUGUUACGUACAUGAUGUCACAUACAUGAGCUCUGAGAAUGAAUGGCAAUCGCCUUCCAUCCGUUUAUCAGUGGCCAAUCCAUGCCUGUCUUCCAUUAUGCUUAGAACAGACAGCCCCAAAUCAGAGGAAUACGUUCGCUAUUUUAAAGUGAGCCCAGUUAAUGUUUUUAAAUGGCGGCUUUCGAUCACGGGAUAGGUGGAUCCUUGACAAACGUUUUGUAAAAAAUAUAGGGUACUAUGUUUGGAAACAUUAUUGCUUUGGAAUCUGCAUGUAACCAUUCUGGCUUUUAUUAUGCAAAAAAUCUUUUACUCUACACACUUUAAUGUUAAGUGAUUACAUCCCUCAUCUAUAGGAUAUCCGGAUCAAAUCUGAUGUUUCACAAUAAGUGAUAAUUUGCCUAUAAGCAAAUUGAUGAGACCUUAGUUACAUUCUUUUCCUUUGUGUUACUUUUUCAAACAGGCAACGCCAAGAGAUACUCGAGCAUGUUGAAUGUAUGCGGCAGAUAAAAUCUGAACGCCUGGCUCCCAUAAUUGGCACGUACCAAAAUGGAAAUACUCUGGGGAUCCUGUUGGACUGGAUGUCAAAUGGCUCAUUGCAUGCUCUAAUCUACCAGGUCAGAGGCCAUGGAAUCCACAAUGCAGAACUGUUUAACUUGCAGAAUGUGCUUGCCAUCACUGACUUAUAGCACCUUCUCCAACACUGCCUUAAUAGCUCUUUCAUCCUUCCCUAAUUACGUUUCCUCCAUCCCAACCUUGUUACAACUUUCAUCCAUCCCUUGUUAGAUCGCCCCCAUGCCUUCCUUGUUAGAUCUCCCCCAUGCCUUCCUUGUUGGGGUUCCCCCAUGCCUUCCUUAUUGGGGUUCCCCCAUACCUUCCAUGUUUGGGUUCCCCCAUGCCUAUGAUGUAUUCCUCUGUGCCUGCCUUAUAUUACCUUCAACAUUCUCUAUCACUUCUUCAUUUUCCUAACUCUUUCCUUAUAUUAAGUGUUUACCAUCCCUGCCUCAUUACUCCUUCUCCUAUGCCUCAGUGACCAAAAAGUUAAAAUCCGCUAUCUAUAAUGCAGAUAAAUACUUCAGGGGUUUAUUCACUAAUUUUAUGCUGACAUACUCUUGCUGUGACGAUAGCUGAGCUGAAUAAUAUUUAAUGAUUUAUAUUUAGCUAGUUAGUAAAUAAAACCCUCCAUGAACUCCAUGUCCAUGAACGCUUUCCAUGCUCUAAACGGGCUGUGUCUAUUUUCAGCGAGACCUGUAUCCAGUACUGCCACCAUUUGUGUGCGUGCAGAUCCUGGCAGAUGUCGCCGAGGGACUGUGUCACCUGCACAGUUUAUCUCCUCAAUUCGUACAUCAAGCACUUAAACCAAGCAAUAUCCUUCUGGAUGGAAAGUACCGUGCAAAGGUGAGGAGAUAUGGUCCAGUUGCAAUGGGUGAUUCACUGGGAAGGGGAAACGCACAAGUUUUUCAACUGCUAAAAAGUAUGUAUUUUGGGUGAAGCUCACAAAGAUACCAUUAGCCAUUGAUUUGAGGUGGUGAUCGAGCCAGGAAAAAUUCUCUUUACAGGUUAAAUUGAAAUGUUCUCAUCAUUUUUCACCAUUUUAAACUAUGGCUCCAAGGUCCUCAUACUGUAGGGAGAAAUAAAGGUAGUUAUUCCUGAUCAUUCAAUAAGUACAUAUACCUCCAGAGGUAAUUCAAUGAUUUCCAUUGACUGUAUGCACGUUCUACAUGCAAGGUGGCAGAACUAUCCGUGUACCUCCCAAAAGCACGUGAACCUGCUGGGGAAAUAUGGCAGCUUUUUUUUAUUUUUUAUUAUUAUUUACAAGAAAUCCCUAUUAUGUUUAUCACAGCAAUCAGAGAGGGAGCCAGCUUGACCAUUUCUGUACAUACGUCCCUCUGGCAGGUAGUGCAGCUUUAGAUAAUAUUCCAUAUUUAAUCAGUGGGCUCUUGACAGUAAAUGGCAAAUAACAUCAGCAGGUUUACCCAUAAAUAGCCAAUCUAGGAGGAGUACAUUCACCAUGGGGGAGAUUUGUGGUCACAGUUUAGUAAGAAAGUGUCUUUGAAUUUAUCUUCGUUAAAUCUAAAGGAGUUCAGUGUAUACAAUCUUUUUCUUUUAAGAACAUGUUUUUUUACAUACCUUUAGAAUGAAUUUGAAAAAAUAUACAUAUUUUCAGGUUUCAGACUUUGGGAUGGAAUCAUUGCGAUAUUUGACCUCUAACGAAAUCAAUCAGCAAUGCCGGGUAUAUCUGUCUCCGGAGAGGCUGCAGGGAUAUGAACCAUCCACAGCAGACGAUGUUUACAGGUGUAUAUCCAAUCCUGCAUGUUUCAGCAUAUGAAACAAUGCCACAGAUUUUACUUUGUCUUACCAAACAUAAGUAACUAUGUUGAUACGGCAUAAUACGAAUGUCUAACAGGGUUUUUCACUAAAGUGAAAAAUAAAGGUGAGUUCAAAGUGAAUUUUAAAUUUAAAGGGACACUGUAGGCACUCACACCACUUCAGCUCAUUGGGAUGGGGGGCAGGAGGGAGGGGGUCACUCCAGGGUUCUCUAGUGCCAGGAAAACUGGUUUGUUUUCCUGGCACUGGAGAAUCCCUUUAAGGUCAAAAUAGCCGAACUGAAAAAAACUCUCCCAUUCAGCUUUGCUUUCCAUUCGGCUGCUCUGGCCUUAAAUUUGAAAUUCACAGUGAAUUCUUACUUUUGUGAAUAACCCUGUGAGGCAUUUGUGGGGUGCAGUAUCAAAAUAGUUACUUGUGUUUGUUUCAUAUUGUUUUUAUAAUUGUUUUUUAAACUCAUGCAGCAUGUGAAAAGUACAAUUUCGCCAAAAGAGCUUUUCUUGCAGAAUUCCAAAGCAAAAUCCAGCCUAUACUAUCACAUAUUGCAUUUUUCAAUAACUUUUUUUUUUCUAGCUUUGGGAUGACAUGUUAUGGAAUGUUUAGAAGGCAGCCCCCAUUUCAUGGUGGUAAGUUUUAUAUAUUGCUGUUUACCAUUGCUAAUAAAAACUGUCCCUCCUUAAUGCACCUUUCAGAGCUGACUGUAUCCUCGCUGACUAACACAAUACUUCUACAACUGGGCGACUCAACAGCUUAUACACCACCCAUGCCUUUCACAAUCACCACCAUGUUCUAAAUCCCUCCAGUUAAUAACCUUUCUAGCUUCACAUUCCAUGAGUGUAGCUACCUCAGCCAUCUUCCUCUAUCCAUCAACAAUGACCACGCCACACCAUAACUAAUAAUCUUGUAUCUCACAAAUAAAACAGUUUCUCCAUCCAGUCCCAACAGCUGAUAAGCUUGACAACUGAUUCUCAAGUGUUCUAAUCAUACAAUCUUUGGUUGCAUCCAGAAAGCCCCCAACUAUUUUUGUAAAUGGGAAUGGUAAUAUUCAUAGGGCUUCAAAUUUCAAGUCCUACACUUCUAGUCAAGGCUUAAAAAUUACUCCCCACUGAAAGCCUGGAGGGUCCAUGACACACUCAUCAAUGGUGAAGUUCUACUCACCACGACUAAAUUUCCACUUGCUAUUGGCAGAUGGAAUUUUUAAAGUGUGAUUUCUAAUUGUAAUCCAGUUUACCCAUAGUUACGUAGGCUGAUACAGUUCUAUCCCAUCUAGUGUCUUAAAAUAAAUAACUUGCAAGGGUUUUGAAGUAGCACAUUAUAUAAAAUUAUAUGAAAGUUUAGAUGUUUUUCUAACCUAAUAGUAAAAAAAUUAUUAUAUGCACACAUCGUUCUCUAUUCAUCUUACCUGUGUUCAACUUUCACAGAAGAAAAAGAAUACCCCUUGAAGCUGGAGACAGGGAUUACAAGGGGCCUUCGACCACAGCCGGGCAUGGACAUUCUUCUAAAGGCCACUAACAUGUCCUGUGCUCAACGUGCAGGUCUAGUUGAGCUUGUCAACUGUUGCUGGCAUCAGAAUCCUAAAAUGAGACCUUCAACGGCAGGUGGGUUCUAGUUUUAAGGAAAAUCACCCAGGUUUGUUAAUUUUUGAAAUAUCAUGGAUAAAAGGUUUAUACAAAAAAGGGGUGUUCAAAAUUCUUUUUCAGUAGUCAUAGUAUUCUACUGAGUUUGUGCUUGCAGUCUCGUGUUAUAUGUGAAUAAAAGCAGUAAAUAAGUUUCUGGAAGCAGCCAUCUUGUUUUGCUAGUAGACAUUAGUUGUGGUAGUUUAAGAAAUACAUUUUUUUAUAUCAAAUUGCCACAUCAAUUUACAAAACAAAUAUGUGCUCCAAUAACGGCCUCUUAGGACCUUGAGAGUAGCAGCAUGGGUUUGUUCUGCACAUUUUAUGUUAUUAAUGUCUGUUAUGACAGGUUCUGACAGGUCGCAAAGUCCCCUGACAGUGACAUCGCUGCUGGGGGCAGGUGGCCAGGGGGCAGGUAAAGUUGAGAUUUACUAAUCUGCACCUCAUGGGUGCUGCCAUCUUCCUCUGACAGCCGACCCAUACUUUGUUUCCGUAUAUCUCUUGACUUGACUUUUUUUUUUUUUGUUCAUUGACCAAUAUAAUUUUACUAAAAAUAUAAAAUUUGAGGUGGUCAUUUUAACAUAUGUUUCCCCUACGUCCAAGGUGGAUAAGGCAUAUUCACAGGAGUAAAAAUCACUAAGUUUUAAUAAAAAUAUCCUUAAUUUUGCAGCAGGCAAUAUAGCCUAAUAAUAGGCUCCAUUAAUUGAAAUGCACAUUUUAUAGUGAUCGAAUUGCAGAUGUUGAGGAAACUAUGUUAUAAAUAAAGUAAUAAACGUUUAUCCCUUCUCAGAUUGUCUUGGCUUUCUCAGAAAAAUCCAGCAAACUUUCUCGGUUGAGGAGAUGGAGCAAUCAGUGAAUUCACUCCAAAAGGUGAGACUUUUCUGUUGUCGCCUACACACUGAGUUUUUGUGGUAUCACAUUAUAUAAAAUGUAUAGGAAAUUUUUGGUUCUGAACCCAAGCAUCCUGGUUUGCUUACUUGUUAAUAGGUAGCCUCUAUUAUCCUACAUUCUACUUUUAAAGGGGCAGUUUAGGCAGCAUAAGGCACCUGACGCCCUCAGCCAAUCAGCAUCGCCAAUGCCCUAUGGCACGCCACUAUUACUGGAACUUAAAUUUCAAAAGUCGGAGUUGAGUCAGCGGUGGAGGCAACUUUGGGGUUAAACAGUUCAAGAAUGGUUUAACCCCUGAAAGUUAAAGUGCGUCUGGGCGCCUCAUGAAACCAUAACUACUUAAUUUAGAUAACGUUAUUUUGAUGCCUGGAGUGCCCCUUUAACUGUGCUCCCAACCAUACUGUACGUUGCUCAUUGGGGAAGUCCUGCUCUAUUCCCAGUCCCAUCCUUAAAUAAAUUGUUUGUAGGGUCAUGAUUUUAAAGAGACAUGUUAUCUAAUAAAAUGUAUUAUACAAAAAAAUAAUUAAAUCAUGUUUUUAAAGCAGACAGGGUUAUUUACUGAAUUUAGGAUUGCAGUGAAUUGAAAGUGAUUUUUAAAAUUUAGGCCAAAAUAGCGAAAUCAGUAUAAUUAUUUAAAUCAAUUCUGUUUUCAGUUUAACUAUUUUUAUCCUUAAUUUGAAGUUUACUUUUGAAUUCCUGCAGUUUCACAAUUUAGUAAAUAAUGAAUGUUUGUUUUAUUCAAAGUAGAAUGUCACAUACAGAAAAGUUAGUUUUAAUAACAUAUUUGCUUAUACAGAUAAUACAUUUAAAUAUAGGAAAACCAGUACAUUUGAAAUAAUACAAAAUACUCAAUUAUGAAGUUUUUUAAUUUCUUUCAAAUCCCCCACCCACAACAACUUCUGCAGUGAAACUUCCAAACCAGGAAGUGACUCAGACAGUCAUGAUGCCUAGUUAACCUUCUAGCACUGUUGAGAAUGUCUCAGAAGCAGUGCUUUAUGUGCAUAGUCAGGGUGCUAUAGUCCAACUUUUUAAUGUAGAUAGUUAUAAGUCAUGGCGUCUUACACAGGAAUCUUUUGGGAAAAAAAUGGGAGAGGGGUUGGCAAGAUACAAUUUUGAAGGACAGUAAUCAUUUUAACAUAGAGAAGAUUUAUAUAACAUCAAGCAUAAUUAAGUAAAACCAAACCAAGUUAUGAUUGUAACAUCUGGUUUAAUGCUAGACUUGGAGAUUAGUUGUGGAUCCAACUGCAAGUUGACCGAAUAUAGGCCGAUCAGGUGUAUGGCCACAUUUCCGAUGUCCAAGCCGAAUAUGGACUAACCAAAUCACGCAGUGGCGAAAAUAUUAUAUUAUUAUCAUUUUCAUGCUUUUUUUGUUUGUUCUGAUUUGAAAAUCCUAAAACUUUUUUUAAAAUGUUUUUGUUUUUUUUAAAUGUGUGCAUACCCUAUGGAUGGCUUGGUUAUAUGAUCCCAUUAUCAGUAAGAGUACUAAUUACAAUGUCUGGUUGUUCCAGGAGAUGGCAGAGAAGGCAUUCCAAAGCCCAGUACAGGAAUAUGAUAUCUCAUUUUUGGAUGUAAGUGUUACAUUUGCCAUGUUUUAUUAAGAUCUUUGUUUCUAAUAUGUGUAUUAAAUUUUUAGAAAAAAACAAACAUUUAUUGUACACCAUCUUAGAGUGUACCUGCCAUAGUACACAACAGUUUGUAUUAUGUUAUAGAUCCAAAAAACAUGUAUAUGUUGUGCAGGCAGAAAUACAUUUUUUUUUUCAAUUGUUCCUUACCUCACCUGCCAAUCAUUUUUCAGAGCUUUAUUCUGACAGCAUAGCCCUCUAUACUUCCGAUGUGGCACCGCAACUUUAGUGCAUGCACUGUAAUUCCAUGAUUACUCUUUUACAAAGUGUGCCUUCUGAUUGCUAGAAUAGAGGAAGUGAUAGAAUUAUGUAAUUUCCAUUUACACUUUCAGUUCAUCAUAGCUUCUCAAAUAAGUAAACUGAGAAGCUUGCACUCGCAUGAAGCAGGAUUUAAUGUUCAGCAAUCCUGUGCACUUUAUUUUAUUAUAGUUUUAUUGCUCGAUGGUCAGCGGCAAAACUGUUCAGAGAAACCGAACCCAGAGCACACCUGAGAAAAGUCACAGAGGAGUCAUACAGUUUAAAUCGCAAAGAAGUGGUAAGGAGUGUGUGUGUGUCUUUGUACACCUUGUGUCACCUCUGUCUGCCUCCUAUAUCAGAUGCUGUCGAUGUGUCCUUGUUCUAUUGUGAUGGUAUUCACUGUUGUACACCCAUCUGUACAUCCUAUAUCGCCCACUACAUAUGCCAACUACAAAUACCUACAUUUUUACUAAUUCACUUAUAUGAGGUUACAAUGAAGGCUCAUCGCCUCUUGUCUGCUGAUCAAUGUUCCCAUGUGUGAGAUUUCUAUUACAUAGUUGCUAGGAGAUACACAGAGUGGUCUGUUACUUUGCAUAAAUCUCCGCAUAUCAUUGGAGGUCCGUUUGAGACUGGCAGACUUCUCCAGAUAUGGUCUGUACCCAGCCAACCCCAGAGGUUAAACUCUUUAUGUGCAGAGCUACAUAGCAAAACACUGCACCAUGACCACUUCAAAUCACUGAAGUGGUCAUUGUACUUGGAGUAACCCUUUAGGAAUAUUCGCAGUGAAUUAUUUUGAAAAAUGCAGACAUUGUUCAUUCUUUUGGUUAGCUACCAGUAUAAAUAAUAUAUUUAACGGGGUAAUCCAUAUUGGAGUGUGAUAUGGUUAAUGGGACACUAUAGUCACCAGAACAACUACAGCUUAUUGAAUUUGUUCUGGUGAGUAGAAUCAUUACCUUCAGGCUUUUUGCUGUAAACUCUGUCUUUUCAGAGAAAAUGCAGUGUUUACAUUACAGCCUAGUGAUAACUUUACUGACCACUCCUCAGAUGGCUGUUAGAUAUCCUUCCUGGUUCAUGGCUGUCUAAAAUGCAUCCAAAUAUUCAGUAUCUCCUCCCUCUGCAUGCAGACACUGAACUUUCCUCUUAGAGAUUAAUUGAUUCAAUUCAUGUCUAUGAGGAGAUGCUGAUUGGCCAGGGCUGUGUUUGAAUCAUGCUGGCUCUGCCCCUGAUCUGCCUCUUUGUCAGUCUCAGCCAAUCCUAUUGAGAAGGAUUGUGAUUGGAUCAGGCUACCACUUCUGAUGAUGUCAGCAGACAACUUUUUUUUCUGAGGCAAACAGCAUGCAGAUCUACAGCUUCAGGCUUAAAUACAGUAAGAUUUUGCUAUAUUUAUGGAGGCAUGAGGGGCCUAGGGGGAUAGAUGGUGGUUUUAACACUAUAGGGUCAGGAAUACAUGUUUGUGUUUCUGACCGUAUAGUGAUCCUUUAACCCAUUAAGGACACAUGACAUGUGUGACAUGUCAUGAUUCCCUUUUAUUCCAGAAGUUUGGCCCUUAAGGGGUUAACCUAAUAAGGCAAAGGCCCAGGGAAGCAAUAUGUAACAUUAUCACAUUUGAAUAACGCAGAAUGCCUUGUAACAUCUCAAAGUCCCUUCUUUGUAUUAUAAGAUUGUUUGACUGAACUUGAAAAUCAGCACAAUUCCAACACAGUAAUUUUAUCUUUAUGAAAUACUCAAUUUUUAUGAGGGCAAGAGAGAGACACAACCGCUUUAAAACUGUUGUGUGCUCUUUAUUAUUACUAAUAAAGUUAAGCUAUGUUUGUUUGUUUUUUUAUCAUGUGAUGCUCAAUUGUCUUUUAAAUGUAUAUUAAAGAUUUGGCAGAUGGCAUCAUAAUCUAGUACAGUUCUGGCCUAGCAAAGGAACCCAUUACAAAUUACGAAGAGAAACCAAAACAUACAGGGUUAUUUACUAAAGUGAGAAAUGACUGGAAGGAAUGACUGAAUGAAUUUUAAAUUUAAGGCCAAAAUAGCUAUACUGAAAGCAUAGCUGACUUGGAGAAUUUUUUCUAGUUUGGCUAUUUUGGCCUUAAAUUUGAAAAUUAAAUUAAUUUUGAAUUACUGACAAAUGUCAAUUUAGUGAAUAACCUUGAUUGUUUCUGUUUCACCUCCUCUUUGUAUACUGACUGACAGGAAUAAAUAAAAAAAAAAUAUAUAUAUAUAUAUAUAUAUAUAUUUAUUUAUUUAUUUAUUUAUUUAUUUAUUUAUUUAUUUAUAACAAUGAUAGAUUUAUAACAAGGAACCAAGAUGGAUUCUUCCAAGGUAGAGCUAAAUACAGUGUUUUGGAUUACAUUUUCUUUUAUAGACCUCAAAAACAGGUAUUUGUUCAAUAUAUCGGGUAUUUAAACAUAAUAUUUCUUAUUCUACAAAGUAAUGUUUCCCUUUAAUAUUUAACAUUUUGUUCACUCUGUCCUCCAUUUUUUUUACUUGCAGCCAGCCUGCCUUGUCCUAAUUCAGUGCAAUCCGUGCAAACCAGUAGUCCCUCACUUCCUGUUGCCAGCCAUAUGAACGGCACCAGCCUUCCCUGUGAAAAUGCCAGGCACCACAAUAAAUUCAACUUGACAAGAGGCUGCUCACACCAUGAGCCAAGAUCAGGAGGUAUGAACAGUAGGUUUGAAGAUUAAAGACUUAACCACAUGUCUGGGGUACCAAGGGGUGCAAUAAUCAGGUGCAGGUAGAGCAAGGAAGCAGGCAUUUAGUAGAAACGUGAAAUAUAUCGUUCUCUUUACUUUGAGAAAUACAUACAAUAUAAGGUGGAGUAUGCAGGCAAUAAUUCUUCCAAUAGUAGAUGAAAAAAAAAUAAUGUCCUUUAGCAGUUCGCUAAGGUAAAACAUAAAUAAAAAGAGAAAUAGUGCAAUAUAGCCAAUCCACAAUAUUUCAGUGCAAUAUAUGAAUGAUAAAACACUCACAAACACAGAGCCACUAAAAAGGCUCAGAUAUGUAGCUCUGUGGGUACUAGAGGGACCCACUUCCUUCUUGCUAUUGUCUGGGGUGCCCAAUGAAUAGAUGUCCUCUCACGAUGUAGCAAAAAAUAAAGUGCUUUAUUUGGAAAUGCACACAAAUUCCAUAAAAUGUAUAAAAUAAAUAAAUAGAUGGAAAACCUUACAGUUUAAAAGUAGUCCUUGUGUAAGAUGCAAAACGCGUUUCGCCUCCUUUAGAGGCUUCCUCAGUUGCUGGGUUCUAUUUCUGGAUAGUCCUUUUUAAAUAUGCGCUCCUUUGGCGGUUUUUCCCGGCGUCCCCGGCAGCCGUAAUUGAAUUUUCACUUCUGCUUCCGGUUUCGGCUCUUGCGUUUGUCUUAGUUAUUUCUGCUGUGUGUGUAUAACUGCAUUAAACAAAAUUGUGUUAACUAAAAUAAAUAGAAAUUAUUUUUUUAAAAGCCACUUCUUAAACAUUAUAUCCUUUAAUAAUUUACUUUUCCCGGAUAUAAAUCCAGAUAUUUAUACAUCAGUAGAUAAACUAAUAAAAUAACCUCUUCAGGGAGCAAGUUGCACAUCUGUAUUGGUCUAACUCUAUAAUACCUGUAUCAGACAAACUCUUCUUUCUUCAAAUUGUCCUUUGUACACUUCUAUGUAUAAACAAGUUUACAGAAAGCUUUUUUGUAUUGGCCCUGAUAAUAAUGUAAAAUGUUAUUACUACCACAUACAAAUUUGUCAAUACUGCUUUUAUUUUUUUACAUGUUACUCCCAUUAUUUAUGUUUUUUUUUUUUUCUUUAAUGUUUUUACAUAGACCAUACAAAUCUUCACUACUUGAUACGAACACUGGUGGUGUCAAGUAAUUUUUGCAACAUUCCUGCAGUCACUCAUUGCAAACACUCUAUGCAUCUACCUAAUAAACGGACCAAUUGUUAAAGGGACACUAUAGACACCAGAACAACUACAGCUUAAUGUAGUUGUUCUGGUGAUUAUAAUCAUUAACUGCCGGAAUUUAAUGAAAACACUGCCUUUUUCAGAGAAAAGGCAGUGUUUACAUUGCCCCCUAGGGACACCUCCAGUGGCCACUCCUCAGAUGGCCACUGGAAGUGCAUCCUGGGGCAGUGCUGCACAGUAGACAGAACUGCCGUUUAGCGUCUCCACGCUUUGCAUGGAGAUGCUGAAUUUUCCUCAUAGAGGUGCAUUGAUUCAAUGCAUCUCUAUGAUGAGGUGCUGAUUGGCCCAAACUGCGUUUGACCCUGCCCCCGCCCAGCCUCCUUGACUAUUUUAGCCUAUGGAAGAGCAUUGGAUUGGUUAAAAAUCAGCAAUUCUGAUGUCACCAAGCAAGCGGGACGGGGACAGCACCGGCAGACACGCGUGGUGCUAGAAAUAAAGUGAGUUUUAACCCCUUCUAAGGGUGGGGCAAACCACCAAAAUGGUGGUGGUUUUAACACUAUAGGGUCAGAAAUACAUGUUUGUGGUUCAGGAAACCUAUACUGCUCCUUUAACCAAUAUAUCAUUGUGCAUUAAAAUACACAAGGCCACCAGUUAUUUCCUGUGCAGAGUCUAUCCAGAGUACAAAUCUGUGCUCUUCAGUUGAAGUGCACUGAUUGGAUGCUUUCCAACAAUACUUUUAUGUAUCUUCCAUGCCGCUUGAAAAAUCACUUGCAGCGUUACUCGCAGACCUAUAGUUUAAAUCUCUGCCCCUAUGCCCAUCAAUCUGCUAAUUGGCAUGGGGAUUUGUCACUUGAUCUUGUUGUCCUGUAUCUCACUGGCUAUCAAUCUCUUUCUUUUCUCUAAUAGGCCCGUCAAGGCCUCCAAAUCAUGUACAGAACAGAAACUCAACUAAAACACUGAUUGAAAUCAGAGAAAGUCUUGUGCAAGAUAUGACCGAGGGAAAACUGAAUCGGCUGUUGGACAUCUUGAGGUCCUCCCAGAUCUUCUCCAGAGAUGAGUAUGAGGUUAUCAAUUCAAAGAUCACCUUAACAAACAAAGUAAGACAAUUCUUGGACAUCUGCUGUGAAAAAGGCGAGGAGGCUUCACGCACAGUUCUACAGAGCCUCUCUGUAUGAUGUAGCAACCUAUAAAACCCAACAUAAGGUGGACUACAAUCCGACAAGUUGAACCAUUCACAUGCUUUUUAUAAAUGGCUAUAAUUUGGAAGGCCAUCUCAGCUCGGGCAGGAUUCCUCUAUUAUUGAAGGUGUGUUGAGUAGGAUACCUAUACCCCCUUUGGACGAGAUCAACUAAAACAUUUAAAUGGCGGAAAAAACAACAACAUUGUGGUCCAUGAUAGGGUGGGUAAAGCAGUAAAUAAGCUGAAAACAUAUGUUAUUUCAUUGUCCUGGUUUCAUGGCCAAUGGAUUCGUUGCUGUCUGCGUUGAACAAUAAGGUCUUCCAUAUGUGUGCACAUUAUUUGACCAUGGAUUCCUUGUAAAACUGGCAGGAUGAGGAUCUGAGAAGAGACUUGGCCUUGUGACAGCCACAAUAUAGUGCCUGACAUUUCACUGUACGUUCCAGAGACAGGGAAUAAUUCAUAGAUCCCUAGUGGAUUAUCUUAUUGGAAAUAUUUUCCAUUUCUAAGGCUCAUGUUACAUUUGUGUAUAACAGUGGUUUUGUCUUAUCAUAUAAGUCUAAUGUAUUAUUUUUACCACCUGUUCUAUAUGGACUCUUGCUUUUUGAUCAGUGGUAUUACUGCCUAUCAUUUAAAAUAGCAGCCUUAUUUUAACAGGUUAUAGGGCAAUUUAAAUUAAAUAGCUUCAGUAUAUUAAUGUUUCCUUUUUUCCCAUCACUACACUGAGAAAAAUGUGUGUUUGUGUGUGUGUGUGUGUGUGUGUGUGUGUUUAUAUACAGUUGCAAGAAAAAGUAUGUGAACCCUUUGGAAUGAUAUGGAUUUCUGCACAAAUUGGUCAUAAAAUGUGAUCUGAU